GUCUAGGCAGUCGUGUUUGGGCUUUAAAGUAAACUCAAGUACUCGUAGCAUGGUAGGCUGGAAAUGAGUCAAAGAGCCUUGGUUUUUUUUGGGUUGAGAUCAUAUUAUUCUAAGCUUGAUUUCUAGCUAGCUCUAGCUCUGCUUGGACGGAAUUCCCACUAUCCCAGGCCAGUCAAAGACCCGCAAGCCCGAAGUGAAGUUCCCAGUUAAAUACCCAACCCAUCCCACGUCAUGUCAUGGAAAGAGAAGAAAAUUUUUUCUAAAACCCUACCCGACUAGCAACUGGUUAUGUUAAAACCGAACUUCAGACUUUGAUGAAAGAGUAAAAGUACAAAUCCAUGGCCUGCAGCGCAUACUCGAUCGUAACAUUGGCAAUUGCUGCAGUGUUUUCUGCUUCUUCAGCAAUCUCCUUUUUUAUAUAUCGGAGAAAAUGGGUAGAAUCAGAUUCUAAGGUGAAAGAGCUUCAAAAAUCUCUUAAUUCUUCUUUGGAAAAAUGUGCUGCAGAGAGACAAGGUCGCAUUAGGGCUCAGCAGGCAUUGAGGAAAGCAGUAGUAGCACAACCCAAGUGUGAGAAUUCAGAAAUGACAUCGUAUCCAAUGGCACCUAUUGGUAUCAUUCAAUCUUGCUUUUCUACAAGGAAUGGGACCCCCAGGCAACCUCUACUUGUCCCUCUAGCGAGGGCAUGUUUGGUUUUUGAUUCAGCUAGAGUUCCUCCUGCAUCUCUUGAGGGUCUCGAAGAAUACUCUCAUUGCUGGAUUAUAUAUGUGUUUCAUUUAAAUACAGAUCUGGAGAAGUUAUGGAAGCAUCCAUCUAAAUCAAAGUUUAAGGCCAAGGUCAGAGUUCCUAGAUUGAAAGGUGGAAGGAUGGGAGUUUUUGCUACACGAUCUCCACAUCGACCAUGUCCUAUAGGACUCACUGUAGCAAAGGUGGAGGCAGUGCAAGGAAAUAUGCUUCUACUCUCUGGAGCGGAUCUAGUUGAUGGAACGCCUGUACUGGAUAUCAAACCAUAUCUACCAUACUGUGACAAUAUUGAAGGAGCAGUGAUACCUAAUUGGGUCAUGGCGAAGAAUUCCCUCUAUUCAUCACCAGAGGAGCUUAAAAGCUUGGUCAAACAAGUGCUUUCUUGGGAUAUUCGAUCAGUGUCUCAAAGAACUCGACCUCAUGAUACUCUCAUAAAGAUAGGAAAUGGUGACACCUCAGAUAACACUUCAGAUAUGAAUGAUUUUGAAGAUGGAGAAGCUUCUGGGCAUGGAAGCGAGCUGGCUCCUUCUGGAGAGAUAAUUUAUCACCUGAUUUUGGAUGGACUGGACUUCUCUUACAAAAUUGAUUGCAACGGCAACGUCAUUGUAGAGAAAGUCGAUCUUUCAUCCGGCAUCCCUUUUGGUAAUCAAAAACGUUGUAAUUACUUGAUGUGGAAAGACAAACUUAUAUAAUUGUUUGCCUUUUGAAGCA